AUGGCAGUUCAAGGAUUAAAAAGACAUGCUGUCCUCCCUCCCAUCAUGAGUAGAAGUGACAAGGAAUUUCUGGAAAGCAUGCAAAGAUACAUAAUUAAAGAAACUGAAAGAGUGGGAUGUACUGACGAAGGACCUGCUGAUGAAUAUUACAUCAUAUACCGCAAUGCUUUUGAUAAGGUAAUAGAUUAUGUUACUGCAUACAAAUCCAUUCUUACUUCAAUCAAAAAAGAAUAUGAUGCAUUUAUUGAAACAAUGAAGAAAGACCAAAGAACUACGUUUUUUCUUCAUGGAAAACUUAAAGCUUGGGCAGCAGAACCCACAACAUUUGUAUAUCAUAGGAAAAGAAUAACCCAACUUGAAGCAAAACUGAGAGUUAUUGAAAAUAAUUCAUCAAAGAUUCAAUCGGAAAUAGAAAAAAUAAAACAACUUAGGGCAGAAUACGACAUAAAAGAAAUAAAAUAUGAAAGUUACUGCAAAAAUCCUUCACAACCUAUACCAGGCAUGACUCUCCAAGAAUCUGUAAAUUUAGAUGAUCUCAAAAAAUACCUGAAACAUCUUGAAGAUAAAUGCAUAGAAAUGAAACAAAUGAAAGAGAAAAAAUAUGUACCAAUUCAGAGGAAGGAUGAUUUAGAAGAGGAAAUUAUUAUGCUAUUAAAACGGCGAGAUACAGCUGAAAAUAUGAAAAAUGAUUUACAGUUUCGUUACCAAAGACUGCAGCUGAUUUCAUUUGCAUUCUCUUCAUGGGUAAAAUCUAAUAGAAGCACCUUAUUUCAAGACUUUGUGAAGCAUGCCCAGAAAAUGAAAGAACUGUAUGGUGAGAAAAAGACUUUUGAGGAGCUAUUUGAAGAUAAUCCAAACAAAACAAAAGAAAUUGAAAAUUUGCUUUCCUACAUUGAAAGAUUCAACGAAUUGAUGUCACUUGGUGAAUAUGAAAAGGCAGCUUAUCUUACAGCCAACAGUCCUAGGAGAAUUCUUCGAAACAUUGGAACAAUGGAUAAAUUUAAGGAUGUUGGACGAAUUAAAGGAAAGCCUUUCCCAUUACUCUUAUUCUUUGAGGCCAUCUUUAGCACAAGUCAUGCUUUUAAAAGCCCUGUUGAUGAAGAACUAACACUGGAAGGAAUCAAAUGUGGAUUAUCAGAACAACGCUUAGAUUUAGUUAUCAACUGGGUCACCCAGGAAAAGUUGACACUUUCUGAGAAGGCUGGAGAUGAGAUUUAUGAUUACGGGGAGCAUAAAAUUAGCAGUAAGACCAAGUGCUUGGCUUUAGCUCAAACUGUCUACAAUGAGUGUGGCUUGUAUAAGAAAGCUCUUCUUUGCCUGUGUAAACAGGGUCAAAUUCAUGAGGCCUUAGAUCAAAUACAACAAGUUAAGGACUUCACUUCUGAUGAUCUACUAAGCCUAAUAAAGCUAUGUCCCAAUACUGAGUUAAUUCAUGGUCUCACUAAAGAAUGGAAUGGGAAACCACCAGUUUUAUCUUUUUCUCUUGCUAUCCUUCAUCUGUUCUCUAUAGAUAUGAAAAAAGUUGUAAUUAAGCUACUUCAAGAAAUGAAUGAAGAUGGGAAAGCUGCAGUUGAAUACCUUAUGAUAAAUGAUCCAUUGUGCUCCCUGGAAAGUUGGCAAGAAAUUGCAAAUAUAUGUUUACAGAACGGCUUUCAUAUAUUAUCUAAUAACAUCAUAACCAUUCUUCGGUCUCAGGCUGGAGUGACAGAAAUUUCUAAACAGGAUGAUACAGUCAACUUAAUGGAACAUGUUUUUUGGUAG